AUGGAGCGCACCGCGUCUUUGCUCAGUUUAAGCAGUCGGGCAAGUACUCGCAACGGACCUGAUUGCAAAGACAACUGCCAUGUUCUGCCCUAUUCAGAGAAGCCGCCCCAACCACGGGUUCCCAGAAUUAAGGCAGUUCUCAGUCACUGUCUAUACAAGCGGGUUCUGGUCUGGGCGGUAGCGAGCUUGCUGCUCGUCACCCUCGCCUUAUCUCAGAGCAGAAAUGUUUCGAUGUCGCAUGUUGUUGAAUACGCCAAAAGUAAGGCCACGAAUGUACACCCUGCAUCAAAUAAGACUGGCAUCAAAACUCAAGGUGCGGGUAAGGAUCUAUCUCACGACAGCAUUAUCGUGCAACCCGGAGACAGCUCUCAAAAGCCCACUGUCGAUGCGCAGGCGGAUGAACUCAAUCGAGAGGAGGAUAGCAAAGAGCGAGAAGAGUUUGAAAAGCAAGCAAAUGAAAAACCCUGGCUACGGUUCCCUCAUCUCGACGGCUACUUCCACGGCCUCAAGACCUUGGUAAAGGCAUCAGACCACGUGCCAGAGUACCCGAAUACCACAGAUACUGCGCCAUUGCCUGCACCCCCCAUCAAAAAAGGCCGCCUGCCGAAGCCAGUACCGUACAAUCCAUACAACACGGCAGGCAACGAUGUCAAGGCAUGCUACCUUGAUAAGGACAACAAGAUCCCAGCCCCUGACGUCUAUGCAUACGACGGACUACCACAGCACAUGCCUGGCGCAGCAAUCGGGUCCUACGACAUACUUGGAAUACGAGACGACAUCUGCUUUGACCGAUAUGGGAGGCUUGGGCCAUAUGGCCUUGGUUAUGAGAAAGAACAAGGAGGGUCUGGACUUGCGAAAGUGGCAGAAGACUUCAACAACGAGCGAAUAUGGAGCAAGACUGGUCAGAUUAACUACACUAAAGUCGAUUGGGGCGAUGCGCAAGACCGAUGCUCCGAGGCCAACACACAUCGCCUGUUGGCUGUGGACUCGGAUUCCGGAGAACUGCCCAUGUCUUCCAAGGCUCGAAAGGGGAAGAAGGCUCGCCAGGCGGUGGUUGUGCGCUGCUACACCGAUUUUAAGUGGACGGAUCUCGCGGUGGUCAAUUUUCGGGCCUUGGUCACGGAACUAUCACUCAAAUCCGGCGGUGAAUACACAAUUCAUAUCCUGCUUCAUGUCAUCGACAACGACGCACCAAUUUGGGCAGACGACGGGGUUGUUCAACGAAUUCUCGACGCCAACAUUCUGGGAAUUUCACAGCUUGAGUUCAAGGACACCUACGAUAACCCCAGCGGCAAGGCCAUUCACGGGGUCUACCGCAGCCCACACUUUCCGUUGCAAGUGUUUGCGUCGCAGCAUCCGGAAUACGAAUACUUUUGGAACUGGGAGAUGGACCUUCGAUAUCUGGGGAACUACUUUGAGCUGUUUGACAGGAUUGGUCGGUGGGCGGACAACCAGCCUCGGCUAUUACUGUGGGAGAGAAGUGAGCGAUACUACAUUCCAUCGUAUCAUGGGAGUUGGGACAACUUUACUAAAACCGUUGAGCGGGACCAUGUCCAGUCGGGCAAGCCAACCAUCUUUGGCCCUGUUGAUUUUGACGACAGAAAACCACUUCAAGCUGAAGAACAAGGACAGUCACAUCUGCCAGAAACCUGCGGCCCGGGAUACAGCCCUUCGGAAUGCGGAGUUGGCGAAGGCGCCGACCUUAUUACUCUAGAUCCCAUCUUCGACAUUGCUUAUUCUGGAUGGGUAUUUUCCAAUGACGUUGUAGGAUACAAGAAUCCCUCUUACGAGCAUCCGCCGCGGCGGUCAUCGAUUGUCACAGCUGGCCGGCUCAGCAGGAGACUAUUAAUGUCGAUGCAUGAAGAAGUUUGGCGUCACCACCGAACCAUGUUCUCGGAAAUGUUCCCGUCAACCGUGGCUCUACACCACGGCUUAAAAGCGGUUUACGCUCCUCACCCGGUAUUUCUGGAUCGAGCGUGGACACCGAUAGGAUCCUCUGUUGACGCUGUCUUCAACGGCGGCAGAGACCAUUCUACGUCGGGAACAGGUAGCCCAUUCUACCUCUUCAACGAACAUAACCACAAGGGAACUAGCUUUUACUACAACAGCGAGUUCUCUGGCCUCUUGUGGAGACGAUGGCUUGGAUUCGCCCAGAUGGAUGGCCGUGGGCCGUUUGGCGGGCAAAGCGGCGGUGGUACUCUCCGUGGCGGUUACAGAGAGGAGAGUCGGAGCGACAGCAGUGGUCGGAUGUGUUUGAGGAGUAUGCUCCUUCACCCGAUCAAGUUUGAGGAUCCCAACAAUUAG